AUGACACUGUCCUAUUCCCGCUGUCAGAAGACAGAGUGUAUAUCCCUCCAGGUGUGUGUGGUGAUGCUGCUGGGCCUAUUGGGCUUCUUCGUGCUUGCAGCUGGAGGCUGGUACCCCAAAACCCUGCCAUGUGACUUCACCCUGGACCCCGUGGUCAACGUGGACUGCACUGAGAGAGCUCCUGGAGAUCCCAAAGGACAUUCCCAGAAACACCACCAACCUAACCCUCACCAUCAACCACAUCCCUUACAUCAACUCCACUUCCUUCCAGGGCCUGGAGAACAUCAAGGAGAUUGAGAUGUGCUGCAACUUUGUGCCUAUCAAGAUCGGCCCCAAGGACCACAUGUGCACGGAGAAUGUGACCAUCAAGAACAACUCCUUCAAAGACCUGAGGAAUCUGAAGGCUCUGUAUCUAGAUGGGAAUCAGGUCUCCAGCAUCCCAAAGUGUCUCCCUCUGAACCUCAUUCUGCUCAGUCUAGAGGUGAAUCCAAUAUAUAUCAUUCUGAAAAAAGAACCUCUCUGACAUCACUAAUGUACAGAUUCUUUAUUUGGGUCAAAAUUGUUACUAUCGUAACUCAUGUAAUGUUUCCUAUCAAAUUAAGGAGGGUGCAUUUCUACAGCUUGGUAACAUGACUCUGCUAUCCCUCAAGUCAAAUAACCUAUCCUACAUUCCCCAAAAAUUACCAACAAGUCUCAGAGAGUUGCAUCUCUAUAACAACAAGAUUUUCAUAACUUAACCCAAUUGGAGAUUGUUGACCUAAUCAGAAACUGCCCACGCUUUUACAAUGCGCCAUUUCCUUAUGUUCCAUGCCCUCACGAUUCACAACUUCAGAUGAAUGAAAAUGCAUUUAAAACGUUGACCAAACUGAGGAUACUACGUCUGCAGUAGUAACUCCCUCACCUAUGUACUUAUGGAGUGGUUUCAGAACUGUACAGAGCUGCAAGUACUCAACAACUUUUUAGCUAGAUAGAUAGUAAAUGCUAACUUCCCACGAGCUCUAACCAUCCUCAAAUAAUUGGUCCUGUCUUUUAACUUCGAGCUGCAGAGGUACCCAGCUACUAGUCUGAACCUGAAUCAUCAUUCUCUUUCCUGAAAUCCCUGAAAGUACUCCACCUCAGCGACUUUGUCUUUCAACAACUGACCCAUGAAGACAUCAGACCACUGAUUCCUCUAAAGAACCUCGAGGUCAUUGACCUGGGCACCAACUUCAUCAAAAUGACCAACCUCAGCAUUCUAAUGGAGCUCAAAAGCUUCCAAAUGAUCAAUUUUAUCUGA